AGGUCAACUCAGUUUUCGCAAGAUCUUUCUAGAUUGCAAGAUAAAAUUCAGAAUUGUAUUACAAAUUUAAGAACUAUAACCAUGGAAUUUGAUUAUAACAAUAUAGAUAAUCUUUUAAUAAAAUACAAAUAUGUAACUGUAGCCAAAAAAUCACAAACAAAUAAACUGUUGGUUAAGGCUUUAUUGCAAAGAGCAGUUUUUGACAAGUUGAUUGAAUUAUUAAAAGAUUUUGGAAGUGAUACAAAUCUCAGAGUGUGA